UUGAAAUGUGGUACUUUCUCAAGCAAUUUAAUAUAUUUAAAAUUUUGUUAUUAAUAGGAUCCUGUCGUGUGGCAAAAUGUGAGCCCAACUGGAGUUAUGAGUUACUCUCGAUUAAGCUGGACUCCGAAACAGAGUUAUUUAAAGGUGAUUUAUAUGUAAAACGUCUUUCACGUGGCCUUUAUGCAGUUUCAGGCACUUUAAAUAUUGGCAUGGAUUUAAACAAUAACACUAUAGUAUGUGCCGAUGUCUAUUAUAGUUUUACGAGUAUGGAUUAUAUACGUACACCCUUUAGUGUACCCAAACAACCUAUGCCGCAAUUUAUAAAGACUCUAUACAAGGAUAUGCUAUUGGAAAGUCUUUUGAAAUGUUCGACAAAUCCCCCCGAUCUGGAAUUUGAUGGUGUCAUUACAAAACGUCUAGUAGAAUUGAAUGAUUGUAUUAUAUCGAAUGAAAAUAUGCCAUCACAUAUGAAAAGUGGAUUUUAUAAGAUUAUCUUUGGCAUGCAAAAACAAGUAACGGCGCAAUUGGAAAUUAUUGUCAAGAUUGAUCAAAAGGAUUGAAAAGGAAGUUUAAGAAGGGUCUAGUAUAAAUUAACACAUUUUUUUAAAAUAAUUAAACAAACUAAAUUAUUUCCAAAUAA